GUCUGAUGUCAAAAUGGCAGCGAUGAACCUGAAACUGAUUCUGUGCAUCCUCCCUGGUCUGAUAGCCGUUUCGACAGCGACACGUCAGUUCCAAGUAGAUUUAGAAACUGUGACAAGCAGUACUUAUCCACACGACUACGUUGUCAAAGUGUACAUUGAUGGAGCUUGGGGAACAAUCUGUGCCGAUGACUGGGAUAUGAACGAUGCCGAGGUAGUCUGCAAAGAAAGCGGCCUUGGAUAUGCGAAUACUAUCACGGUCAGUGGUACCCUACCAACUCUAACUGGAGCACAGUGUUUAUCCUCGGUGAGAUGCUACGGCCAUGAAGAUCGCCUCUCGGACUGCCCAGAACCAUCACUAAGACCAAGAGGGAGCGGAGGCAAUGACAAGGCCAUAGUGUGUUAUCCUCCCUCAAGUGAUGCAGGUUUGCGACUCAAUUACGGACCUGAUCAGUAUUCAGGCUGGGUAGAGGUCAAGCUGUCAAGUGGCAGUUGGAGUAAUUUGUAUGGUGAAUUUUAGUAUGAUUGGUAUUUUAUUUGAAGCCGGCGAGCAUCUGUCGUCAGCUUGGAUUCGGGGAGCUCAA